GUUGGCGCUGACCAUUGAACAUUCGUAGAGGUCUCAGGGUGACAGGUGAAGUGUGGGCUUUACAGUGCUAUGAUAUUCGCAGCGUAACAUUUCGUUGUUGCAAAAAGGUCUGGCCCUUUCCAAGGUGCCCCGUGCCUCAUAGUUGUCCGGUUCCGCAGCGAUACUGGACUUGUUUGUGGCCUUGCCUGGCAGGGUAUUUUUUUCGGAAGGCUGAGAAGGGGGCCAGGCCCGUUGGCGGAUGCAGUACUGCAAGAAAUGCGAGCGACUCUUUGAAUCAUAUCUGCUGUUGCAGAUUCCCCUAUAGUUUGAGGCUACGAUCUAGUGCAGGACACUGGCCUAGACCGUCUGCAAGGAGACGACGUUGACAAAGGGGUACCUGUUUUUCUUCGCCGCUAUCGUCCGCGGGGGGAAGACGGUAAUGAACGAAUAAAAUUUGUCCGCCAUUUUCACUUUACUUCGUUUCUUCGCAGCAGUGUCCACACAACGAAUUCGUUCGUCACAGUGAGUUUGGUUACGAGCAGUUGUCUGAAACCGAAGAGCGUAAGGGGUUGUGUGGUCGGUUGUCGAUAUGCGAAGCUGGCGACGUGUUUGUGCGAAUUACGCUGCUAUGCCUCAUGCCACAACAAGCACACCCUGAAUUCCUCUAGUAUGGAGGCUACCAACGGAUCUGACCAGCCAAGCGGGAGGGCUCUCAUCUUCGUGACAUUGUAUGUUUUCCCUUGUAUCACUAUUGGAGAGCACUGGGCGAGUUGCUCAGGUGUCCCUGUCGUCGUCUGCGUCAACACGUGUAUCGCCUCGUUGGAGAUGACUUCGCACAUUUAGACAAACUAGCAUCACGUCGGCCUUGCUUUACCCGCGGCAGUUCCGGUUUGAUCAGUCAGCGAUGGCUCGGAAAGGCAGGCGUAGGAAGAGAAGCCGCGUAGAAAGGAAGGAUCGUGGGUUUAUGGCGUCGUGCAGCGAACCACUCGACCAGUGCGGUUGGGGAACCGUUGGGGGAGUCGCUGAAAGAAGCGGAUCGGCCAGUAGCACCCAAGAACUUGGGGAGGAAGCGCUUGAGGCCGCAGGGCGGUUGACCGGGGCUGUGAGCACGAUAGCGACACGAGUGCACUCUAUGGAGCAAGCUUGUGAUAGAGUGUCAGGAUCGCAAGAGGAUUCACGGAGGCGCGGGCGAAGACGCCGGGUGAAACAUGGUGAGAAAACGUCUGCGGCGAAGUCUGUUUCUAUCCCAGAUGGCGAGGAUUUGGAGUUGACACAGGCUAACUUCUCUGACUCUGGCCAAAGGAAGGAGGCUGGGGGGCUCGGUCAGUGUAGAGAAGCACUCUCGAAAGGCACCAGCGAAACAUUUCCGCCCGCAAAAGGAGCGCAGGAGCAAAGUUUGAGCGGCCGCAUAACACCGCCGCCCGCUACUCCCGACAAUGUCCUGGUGCCAGCGUCGUUGGGAGGGACCCCGAUCUCCACGUUUUUUUUUAAGACUAAAAUGUGCAGGUUUUUGCGCCAAGGCCGCUGCAAGCAUGGAGCGUCUUGCCAGUUUGCACACAGUCCGGAGGAGUUGCGCACGCCUCCUAACCUCACGAAGACUCGCCUCUGUCGGGCUUUCCGAGAAGGACGGUGUGACCGCGGAGAGAACUGCGCUUUCGCACACGGUCUUGUCGACUUGAGGGGAACGGGCGAGAUAUAUAAGACACAGAUUUGCAUCUUCUGGCCUGCUGGUCACGGCAACAGAGUGAGCGAUGGAUGCCGGCACGCGGUUGGCGUCGCCGACCUCGCUUCUUGGGGUGGAGAGCGCGUUGUUGCAGAUAAUGACACAUGUGGUCCGUCUUUAACAUCUACGAGGCCGUCAGCAUCUGCAUCUGCCAGUCAGCAGUCUUGCGGCCGCGGGGGCGAUGAACAAAGGAGCUCACCAGCGGUGGUGUGCCGAUCCCCACUGCACACCGCGGGAUCGCCGACCUGCCAGUUAUUCGGCUCGCUUGCCACGAUGGACAUUAACGGAUGUCCGAAAGGGACAUGUUCUGGCCCGACACCUUACGGCAGCCCACCGUCACCUGCACCAGCGUCGCCAUCGGCGUGCUCUUCGUUUGCCGCAUCAGUCAUGUCAUUUUCUCAACCAAUAUACGCACCUCCGGCGCCUUUUCCUUUGUCUCGCCCGGCACCGCGGACAACCGGCGCGUGCAUGCGGGAGCAGGCAAUACCAGUUACAUGUUCUCACAUCUGCCGCACGUCAGAAUUCUCUACCCAUGAUUGCGCAACGCCGACUUCCUCGCAGCCGUCACCUACUGAAGAUGGAGGCGGGCACGAUUCCCAUGACAUUCCGCGGCGAAUGAAACCUCUCUUUGGGGUGAUGGAACAAAAUGAAGACAUCGCUGUGAAGCGUCCCUCGGAAAUCUGUUCAAGGCCCAGAUUCUCUAGUUUCCCUGAAGGUCAUCUAUCAUCGGAAAAAACAAGAGUUUCUCUGAAAAUUGCGAAAAGCAUGAAAGCUCAGUUCAGGUCGUAUGUGUGUGAUGUGAGUCCAUCGGUUCUUUCACCGUCGUCUUCGUGCUCGGCUGGAAUUCCGGAGAUGGACUUUCCUGCUGGUGUUGGUGCAAAGAAGUCGUUCGGCAUCUGCAGAAGUGCACCUGAAGGCACACAGAGCCCUCAAAGUGGUAGACUACCAUCAUCUGUGCAUACUCUUCGAGAGAGUCGAAGUCGAGGAGCGGACACAAGUGAACACAGUGGAGGCUGCGAGGACAUCUCAGACCACUCAGGGGUCGUCGCAGUGACGUCAGCCGCACGUGGAGAGCGCGCUGGGGUCGAGUGUCACGCUUCACGGCACAACACGCAAGGCAGGCCAGUUAUCGAAGCAGCGCGUUCUAUGCUCGUAGUUAGCUUCCUAGGGUCCGGCAGAUCAGGACGCUCCCGUGACACAACUGGAACUUGGAAGCGUGCUCCUCCAAUUCCUCCGCCGCCGCCUCUUUCUUUUUCCUCCCUGCCUUCACAUCCGUUCCGUUGUGGGGAUGGCCGGGGGUUACCAGAGGAGAGGACUUCGCGUCAGACUUCCGGUUGUAUCGACUCGUCUACGGCUUUCAAACCAGCGACAUGCUCAGUGCCGCUGCUUGUCAGCCCUUGGGGAGAUGCCAGUGAUCGGAACGCCGAUGCGAGGAACGUCAACGCCCCAGUACCUACAGCAGAGGUUGAAAUACGGCGAAGUCAAGGGUCAUCGCCAACGCGGAUCAGGCAACACUGGCAUUCAGUCGAUGAGCAGCCGCCAAGAGAGGCUAUGCAACCUAAAGGUGGCCCUUUGACUACUCCAAAACAACCAAAUCCAGUUUCCUCAUCCGGUGCUUAUCUACUACCGGGGCGUCUCACUGCUGCCUUGACAAACGCGCAAACGCGAGGGCGACCUGGCUGUGCAAUACGUGGCACGGUGUUCUGUAGGACACAAACGCUAGACGAUAAAGGAGGAGUUUCCCCAGCAAUGACUCCGGCAGGUGUUUGCUUAGGGGGAGCAAAUAUAAGAUCUUGGUCUCAAGAUGAUGAAAAACACUGCCGGAGUGUCCCAGACAUGCAUGCCAAUCGAGGCGAAAAAGCGUUGAAUCAGCCGAUACUCCCUGUUGUAGAUGCCACGGUCCAGGGGAUUUCUACCGUGGCGCAAUCCCAGCGACGGAGAGGAAAGUGGGAUUGGGGCCGAGAGACAGUCUCCACUCCUGCUGGCACUUCAGAGGACAGGGGCACGAAUGUGCAGAAAAAUGUGACUGGUAACGCAGGACACGUGCAACAAAAUGCGGAUAAAGGGCUACGUGAAAGGAGAUCAGCAGGCACACGGCCUUUGGCUGCCUCAGCAGGACAAGCAGAAUUACCAGUCGGUGAAACCGGAUUCACAGCUGCUGUUGGUCAACCAGACCCCGCCGGCAUCAGAGCGAUGUUGGACGUGGCCCCCCCCCUCUCGUCCGGGGGUUUGUUUGGAUCACUUGCACCACAUGCAUCCUCACAAGGGAGCUGUGUAACAGUUGUCUCGCCGCCGUUUGCUCCGGCGUAUUGCCACGGCGCAACGAGUCUCGACUGCUCUGCAGGUGGAUUGCAAGGACAUAGCUGGCCUGUGUCGCCCAUAUGUACUGAACUGGGGCUGAACGAGGGUCUUCCGCACGAGGACGCGUCGCUACUUGCUGCAGCCGCAAGGCAUGUUGUACAAGAUUUCGCGAUUUAUCCCCAGAGAAAGGAGCAAGAGACUUUCGGACCUGGGCCACUACCACCGGUCAUUUUUGUAAGCGCCUCAGUUCCAGAACUAUUGCCGUCACAGGUUCAGUUCCAUCCAGCUGGUCCAUCCAUGCUUCUGUGUUCCCCUUUCUCAAUAACAGGCCCGGUUGCAGAACCGGCAGGGCCGUACUUCUUUCUUCCAUCAGCGGGGCAUUCUUGUCGUCUCGACGGAGGACAAGAGGCGACUCUUGGAUUCGGACAAGGAGUGCCUGCUUCCGGGAUUCUAAUGCCAUCGGAACUCCGAGGAUCAUGGCCAGUUUGGGGACAAGGUGGGUUACGCCACGUUGGGCAUGUUCACAGUUGGGCGCAUGAAGUUCAGGUGCAAGAUUGCGUUCCAGUUGGCGUCGCCGAAAGAGCUCCAGAAGGAAAUGUUAACAAACCGGCCGACCGCACCCCGAGGUCUCCCAGAAUUGCGGUGGUGGAGAGUGUAGUGGAUGGUCCUAUUGUGGAAGAGAGCUGCGAUACUGGCUGUUGUGAAGCCAUUGAUGAAACGAGUGAAAAGUCGCGGAGACAGCCCCAAGAAGAGCCAGAGGGUAGUGCGGAGCAAGACGAACCCUUCCGGUUGCCUCCGGUUUCGCGCAUGAACUCGGCUCCGCCAACGUUCCCUACCCUUUCUCGUGAGAAGGAGAAAGAUGCUCAAAUUCCGAGAAGCGAGGAGCGUCAAGCUUCUAGCGAUUACUCAGGAUGUGAAUCUGAGGGGGCGAACAGCCGUCUCGACUGGUGCACGGGACCUGGAAAUACCGGUCGCAUGGGGCGUCCAUCGCGAUGCAGAAGUGUCGACCAAUCACGUUGUGGUCUACAGACAUUUUUCGAUGGCCCAUCGAAUAACAGCUUGCAGGAAAUUGCAUGUUCCACGCUUGAACAAGUGAAGUUGCAUACUCCCGCGCCCGAGCUACGGCAAGGAUGAAGCAAAUCGAAAAGGGGCCCAUAGUUUCCGAGUCCGACGAUGAUCACGUGCUGCAACCUCGACCCUGCGGUUCGGAUCCCGAUGACGGGAAAGCGCCCCACGGGACCCGCGGAUGUGAACAGAGGGUUUUGUCCCAGUCACUUGUGGCCACAAACCGGAUGGUUCUUCGUUGUGGGCCGUUGGGAAAAUAACAAACUGUCGCACCGUUUUGGCACGGGGAGGCUGCAGCAACAGCCGAGCAUAUCCCGACUUGGUACAAGUGCCCGGGCGUUCGCGGGGUGCGAGACGGUAACAGCGGAUCUGCUGAACGACAAGCGGGGGAGCCGGCUCAGGAAGCCCGCAGGCACCAGUGCUAGUGCAGUGUGAUUGUAGCCUCACAUGCAGCUGUCAUCGGUUCCAAGUUACUCAUCGGCAGUUGCUGUGACGUCGCGCUUGUGAGAUGUUGUCCAGUAACCGAGUCUGCGUUUCUGCAGUCGGGCAAACGGGAUGAGAGGGAGGGUGAUGAGGACGAAGUUGCGGUAAACGGAGACGUGAAGAGAACAAAGACUGACUGCGGCGCCUUGUCGCAGACUAGACGCCUCAAGGUCAGCUGAAGGAGAUGUUGAUAACGUGAAGUACACACCGAUGACGUCCUGACGCUAGUUCUCAACACGUGGUCCUCGUCAGACACUUCGGCCACAAGGUGAGAGAUGCAUGAAACUGAGCGGCGUCUCUGUCGCAAGCGAGGUAGUGAUGGAGGGCCCCUGGCAGGGGCCCCUGCUUGCCGGGAGUUGACGAUGGAAAGUUUAAGUGGGCAGCUGACUACAGCAUGGUGCCAAUCAACGUCCUUAACACUGUCAUCGUUAGCAGGUUGUCUUACCCGCAACCGGCGCACCAAGUGACUGUAUCAAUCAGCUGAACUCCUUUGGCGCGCGUGUUUGUCAAGUUUUCUUGGGUCUGAUGUGAUUAACUGGAGAGAUUCGAGGUGUGUCAGGUGUCGGAACGGCAGAACACUUCGAGAGUUGGACUGUGAGAAUUUGGACGGUGAUUGAGGGAGAGACAGAGGAACACCAAAACGAUUUACUGGUUGCGUCAUACGCUUUGCAAAAGCGAAACUCAAACAAGUAUCGAAUGCAGACAGUGUUAGAUGGAGUCAGAUCAGAAGGCGACGCGACGAUUCUCAAGAACACCGUCGUCGAUCAACUGGGGAACUCGAUGCUGCUCUGACGGCGACGUGAGUGUAAAAUGAACGAUCAUGUUGAGUGCUUCCAUCACGCCGGCACUUCGUGAAAAAAACUCGUAGUGUGGGAUUGUAAUUCGUAGCUCGAUUGUUGAGAUUGGAGCGGCAUUUGGCGACUGCAUCGAAUUGCAACGUAGAAGGUAUAUUUUGAGACGGGCUGAUAUACGUUUGCACAUUCGUUUACGUCGGGGCAUUUUUUCCUACUCUGCUUCAACAGCAUCUAAAGGGUGAGGAACUAGACGGCGAAUAAAACAGUUCACUACCCGUUUAGUUGCUGGAUACGCUGUCAGCGUUUUCGGUUUUUCUAAAGCAUUUUCUUGUAAAACGCUUGGGCACCGAAUGCGAGCCGAUCAGUGGAUGUGUACAAUCGAAACCGGUGUACGGCUGCGAGUGAACGUAGGGGAUGCACAUUCGAAGGAUUUGAGGUGGGCCAGCGUUAAACGUUUAUUCAGCGGAAAGAGAAUCAGACAAUUGUAUUCGUGUCGUCAUCCCGCUUAGUCAUGUAUCUUAUCGGUGGCGAUUGCAUGCGCACGCAGGAAAGUGCAGAUCAAUUUUCGUCGCGUCGCGUGCGUCGUCAAAUCAUUUGUACGUGAAAAUGUAAACUGUUGUUCGCGAUAUAGUUGUUGAGAGAGCUGUGCUUACAUGGGGUCGAACGUAGCAUGACGAAGCGGUGCGGGUUCUGGUUUGCUACUUCCAGAGGAUUGUUUGUUCCUCUUUGUGUCCGCGAAGGGUUGUUAUGCGUGGACGAUGAAGCACGCUUAUGUAGCCGGUGUUGCACAGGAUGUUGUCGUGAAGUGGCCCCGGGCACGUUUUGUUUUAUGGCAUGCGGACGAGGACUCCAUGGACCCUACUGACUACGUUCAGUAGCUUGCAUGAAGCGUCACUGCUGAUGGACUCUUCGCAAAGGAUUUUUGGUUAAGUUUUUGGGCAGUCACCGGUGUAAUCUCUGGCACACUGAGUUCUCCCCAAGCCAUUAGAAAUGACAUUCGAUAUUGUGUGUGCAGCGUCCAUUUCUGCGUCACCAAAUGAGGUGUGUAGUUGUCUCGACUAUUCAAGCUGAGAUGAUCGGACUAACAGACCGCAUGCGCUGUGUGUCGAAAAGCGAUAUAAUCAUGCUCGUCGUGC